AUGAAGCUUAAAGAUCAAGGUAAAUACAAUGAGCAGAAGCUCCUUAAUCUUGAGAAGACGGUAUACGAGCUCUCAAAGAAGAAAUCAAGUGCUAAGCAAAUGGUUUGCCUAUUAGUUGUAAUUGGUUUGGCGUUGUUGCUUCUGCGUGGGAAUAGUUGCAAAAGCUUCAAAGGAGAGUGUACCUUCGGAGUUUCUGCAAUGAAGCUUUUAGACCUUUCUCGUUUAAAAUACAGAAGUGUUUAG